UAACUUUUAUAGUCAUGUUAUAGAAUGUGAACAUGGAAUUCUCCUGUUUUUAUCAAGAAUUAUUUCCAUUUGGCAUUACCUCAAAGGAUUCUCCUCGUUUAGUGUCUUUGACCCUUUGAAGUGUACGUGGGAGAAGAAACAAGCACAAAAACAAGCAGAAGAGCAGCAGAUCUGGGACAGGAAAUUAAUCUAAAAUUAAAAAGUAUUUUCUUAAAACCCCAGCAGCAAGCAUCCUUAUUAUUUUCCUCUUCUUAAUGAUUUCUGGCAGGCUGUAUGCUGAGAGGUAUAAUGCUGCCCUCAGUUCAAGGUUCUUGAUUUUGUGACUUCAGAGAUGUUCUCCUCUCUGCAUGCCAAAGAUGGCCUGGUCCCAGGAGGCUAUCUCACCUCCAGGUUCUCCAUCUAUCAGGUGCACUCCAUUCUGGGGAGUGGCACUUACGGCAAAGUUGCCAAAUGCACAAGAAUGAAGGACAAGAAGACGGUGGCUAUCAAAAUUAUGAAGCAGAGAUCCGAUGUCCAUUACGAGGUGGAUGCUCUGAAGAAAAUCAAAUCCCUGGACCCAGACAAAUGCAACCUUGUCCGGUGGUACAAUAUUUUCAAAGACAAAGGAAAGUUUUGCCUGGAGUUUGAACAUCUGGACAAAAGUCUGCUGGACUUCAUGAUGGGGCGGAACUGUCCCAUCUUUCUGAAAGAAAUCCGACCCAUUGUCCAGCAGCUGGCCAAUGCACUCAAUCACUUGAAGACCGUUGGGAUAGUACACGCAGACCUCAAGUUAGAAAACGUCAUGUUGGUCAACCAGCUACGAGAACCCUACAGGGUGAAAGUCAUCGACUUUGGGCUGGCUGUGGAAGUGUCAGCUGCAGAGGUGGGCUUAAACAUCCAAACCCAUCCCUACAGGUCUCCAGAGAUUAUUUUGGGCCUUCCAUUCACAGAAGCCAUAGAUAUGUGGUCUCUGGGCUGCAUUGCUGCCACGAUGUACCUCGGCACUCUUCUCUACCCUGGUAACAAUGAAUAUGAAGUGAUCAGGUACAUAGUGAAGACGCAAGGUCAGCCACCAGACACCAUGCUCAGCGGUGGACAGAAAACAGGUAAAUAUUUCCAGGAAGAAGUCAACUCAACCGCCACUUUCUGGAAACUCAAGACACCGGAGCAGGUCCGCAGAGAGAUGGGAAUUAAGGCCAAGAAGAGCACGGUGUUGAAGUUCACCUCUCUGGAUGACCUUAAGCAUAUCUUGGACUUCCAGUCUGUUAGUUCUGCAGAUAAAGUUGUUGAGAAAACUGAUAGACUGGCAUUUGUAGACAUGUUGAAAGGGAUGCUGCAGCUCGACGCUGUCAAACGGAUGACGCCCGGUGAGGUGCUGGACCAUGAUUUCCUCAGCAUGCACCACAUUGCCAGCAUGUACCACCACAGCAACCAUGUCAGAUCCUGUUUUCAUAUAAUGGACAUCUGUAAAACCAAAGUCCCCACCAUGGACUCUUGCAAAACUUUGAAUGGGUCAGUACAGCAGCCAUUGUCCAGAACUAAAAAACUUGUCCCUUCUUGUGCCGUGGGGAGCAGCAUGGUCCAACCCCAUCGCAUCGAUUCACGUCCCUGUACCGACACCAAAGGGUCCCAUACGUCAGGAAUAAAGGUGAAGACUCAUGAUGAAGAUCUACCACUUCAAGUUCCCUUAUUAACGACUAAGAGCAGUGUCCAGGAACGCUCUGCAGGAAAGCUGCAUCAGUGUCACAUAUCUGACUCUAAAUACAACUGGUUAGCUCUCAAAGAGAAGGGAACCAGUGAUCCCUCUGUGGGCUUACCCACCUCAAACUGUAGGAGCCAGAGACUAAGACGUGUCCCAUCAGAGUUCAAGAGAAGUCUGGAUCUUUGUCACAUCUAUGACACUUAUCCCAACCUAGCAGCUCACAAUAAGAAGAGAACCAGUGAAGGCUCUGCAAGUUUAUCCACUUCAAACUGUAGGAGCUUGGUACAGAGGUGUGUUUCCUCAAAGGUUAAACCAAGGCUAGAUCUCUGUCAAAAGCCUAAACCUAGCUACAUUGGGUCAGCUCAUGGAGAGAAGAGAGCCAGUGAUCCGCCAGCAGCUUCAUCCACCUCAAACUGCAGGAGCCAGACACAGAGUUAUGUCUUAUCAGAGGUCAAGAGAAGGCUGGAUCAUUGUAGAACAUCUGACUCUUACCACAACCUGCCAGCACGCAGUGAGAAGAGAGCCAGUGAAUGCUCUGCAGGUUUAUCCACCUCAAACAACAGGAACCAAACACGGGCUUGUGUCUUACCAGAGGGCAAAGGAAAGCUGGAUCCUUGUCUCAUCCCGAAGCCUAUUUACAACUCCGCUCUCAAUGAGAAGAAAGCCAGUGAUCGCGCUGCAGGUUUACCCAGCUCAAACUGCGGGAGCCAAACACGCAGGUAUGUCUCAGAGGUUAAGGGAAGGCUAAUUCAACGUCAGAUCCCCAAAUCUAUCUACAACAACUGCUCAGCUCACAAGAAGAACGGAACCACCGAUCACUUUGGAGGUCUGUCCACCGCAAACUACAGGAGCUGGGCACAGAACUGCGUCUCAUCAGAAGUUAAAAGACGGCUAGAUCGUCAAAUAUCUGAGUCCCUCUACAAGUGGUCCACUCAGAAUGAGAAGAGAGUGAGUAAAUGCUCUGCAGGUUCCCAGACCUCAAACCACGUGAGGUUUGAUUGUGUCUCGUCAGAGGUUAAAAGAAGGCUGGACUGUCAAAUCGCUGAAUCCCUCUACAACUGUUCAGCUCGGCAUGAGAAGAGAGCGGGCGAUCCCUCUGUCCAUUUAUCCACCUCAAAGUACAGGAGCUGGGCACGGAAUUCUGUCCCAUCAGAGAUUAAAAGAAGAUUGGAUUAUCAAAUCCCAAAAUCCAUCUACAUCUGGUCAUCUUACAAGGAGGGAACGGCCAGGGAUAGUGCUGCAGGUUAAUUCACCUCAAACUGUAGGAGCCAUACACAGUAAUGUCUCAUCAGAGGUCAAGAGAAGACUGAAUCAUGGUCAAACCUCUGACUAACGACACAUGUUAGAAGAACCAAUGGAUUCCAGCCAGUACUUGCUCUGCAGGUUCAUCUCCCUCAAACUUCAUUGGCCAUCACACUGUUGUGAUGGUAAGUGGCGUGAGUCUGCAGCACCUACUAGAGGGAAGAAGUUGAAACAGCAUCUAUCCUCAACACUUGUCAGGGCCCAUUUGUAGAUUUAUUUGCAGCCACAGCCACUUCUAACUUUUGCUCACAGCACAUUACUUUAUUAAAAUGGUUGAAAUCUUAUUUCACUCUCUGAUUUUUGUUGUAGUUGCUAUGAAGUCAAUGUUUUUGUAUAGAUUCAUUUUGCAUCAUACAUUCUUUUAUAUUGUGAACAGUUUUAGUUCACAAAUCUUUUUUUCCCCCACUGACUAAACUAGACUCUCAGUGGCCCCAAGGUCGUUUGAGUUGGAGAUCCCUGGUCCAGAUACUGAACAACAUCAUUUCACAAAGGCCUUGUGUUUCAUUUUUUAUUAAAUUCUGCACCUGUGUUCAUUUUUGAGAGGAAGCAGCCUUAUCGUCCUUAUCUCAGCCUUGCAGAGAGUCCAGUACUCUUCUGUGUGAAGAUGUGACCGGCUCUCCUUGUUUCUUAUCGCCAUAACAACUGUGUGCAGGAGAAGGAAGAUGUUCGUCUUGCUCUGACUCCUUGACGCUGAUAAAUUUCAAAUGCAUUUGAAUAAAAUCUUCAGAUGGACUGCUU